AUGAGCUAUCAAAGGCAUCCACCACAACAACCAAGAUCAACAGCCUAUAGAAUCCCAAAGCCAACACAUGCUACUGAGACGAUAGAUCAGAAUAAUAAUUAUAGUGCACGAUAUGUUACAACAAAUAAUUAUAACUAUCCAUCUCAGGUAAACACUUCCUCUAGGGAUCAUCAUGAUCUGGACGAAGAAGUAUAUCAGUGGAUUAGCUCCACAACCUCAGAUAUAAUCAAUGACCCUCCUGUUGAAGAAAAUUUUGUGAAUCAAAGUCAUAUUGAUACUCCUCUUUCAGCCAACUUAUCUCAGUAUGAAUCACCAAGUGCAUCUAGCUCAACCAGGAGUUACCACAACUAUCAAAAUGUGGUGAAUACUCGGAGUAAUGAUAAUAUGAUGAAUACAGUAUAUCAAUCUACAGGUUCACAACAACAAUUUCUGCAAGCACCUAUUCCUACUAAUCAAUAUAAUUAUUAUCAUUCACAAUACCCCAAUAAUAAUGUUGUAGAGGAUAAUUCAUUGCUUUCUCCAGUUGGGCCAGUGUCAGGCUACUAUGACAUUCCUUCAGUAACUCAAUAUUCCCAACCUGUUUCAAAUGUCCGAUAUGAUAUUCCUUCAGCAACUCAACAUCACCAACCAAUUUCAGAUGUUAUGCAAUUAGGUAGUACUAGGAAUAAUUUUGCAGCAUAUGGUAACAAUUCCCAAUUUGAAAGCGCGCACAAUAAUUUCCCUAGAGUGCACAAUAAUUCGCAGCCAUCUGAAUUAAGUUACGCUUCUUGGAAUUCCAAUACGACAUUUAGGGAAGUAAAUACAAGGUAUGGUAGUCCUAAGGAUGAAAAUACUAAGCAGGGAAAACUACAAGAAUUAUAUUCAGCUUAUAAACUGGUACAAGAGUCGAUUGAGAGUUUUAUAAAUUCUGACACUAUUUCUAAUAUAAACCAAGUUUUAAUAAAAUCCUUAAAUAAAGAAUUGAUUAGUUCUACAAAUACUUUAUUGAAAGCUAUUAAUAGUGAAGAACCAUUUGUGAUAUUUAAAAACGAAAUUCUCAAUCGUAUAGACUUUGGUAAUUUGAUUGUAGAAGAAACUAUGUCUUUGCUAGAAAGAAUCAGAAGAACCAACAGUAUGCCAACUAUUAAGCCACGCAUAUAUUCAUCUGAUGAAGUUGACAAUAUUCACUUAUUUAGUGAACCACAUUCAAGAAACACUUCUGCUCAAGCUAGUAGUCUGUUAGUUUCUCAAGUUAGAGUCGGGCCUGAUCCAGUUCCUUCUAUAGUGAAUUCAGUUCCUCAAAUUAGAAUCGAGACUUCUAGAGAGAAUCAUCCAGUUCCUCCUGUUGUUAAUUCCGUUCAUCUUGUUCCAAAUUCCGUUCACACUGUUUCAACCUCUUCUGAUUCAAGACUUCCAAAUUAUGGUAGUUUACUUCAAACAGGUAAUAAUUCUCAUGAAGGUCAUCGUGCCAAGGUAAGUAAUGAGGAUCAACAAGCUACUCAAACAGUUGUUGAUGAAGAACCAAAUGACAGCGAAUUAAAUACCAAAUCAGAUAUUGUUGAUGAAGAUGGGUUCACAUUAUAUGUUCCUCGCAAACACAGGAACAAUAAGAAUUAUCCUCCUAGAGUUGAAUUUAUGGGGAGAUUGGCCAAUCAGUCUACUGAAAGAAACGGCAGUGUAACUGAUGAUCUUAUUUCUGAAGUACAACUGAUCACAACAGAAGGAAUAUCAAGGUCUGAGGAAAGAGUAACCGGGUCAACUGUGCCAGUAUCAGAAGAUCAAGAAAAUGUUGAUAAAGAAGAAGAAGAUCCUGAUGCAGUAGAUUCAGCUACUGAAAGAAAGAGAUUCAGAAAUAGAAAGAAGAAGUUAAAUAGAAGGAAAAGAAAUGCAGAAGCCAAAGCUGCUGAAGAGGCAGCCUAAGCAAAAGUCAUAGCAAGAGCAAAAAUGAAUUCAGUUUUUCUUAAAUCUUCACGGAUUUCGUUUUCUUUUCCUUUCUUGCCUAUGCUUUCUAUCGAAUUUUUUUCCUUU